AUGGCUGCACACGCCUCGUUGUGUUGUCGCUUUCUUCAAGGACAAAGAAAAACACACAAAAUCAGAAACUUGUUCGUGCGCGGCGUCAACACAGACUCUCAGCCGCAUCCUCUCCAUGCGUCAAAACUGGACGAACUUGAAUCCUCCACGAACUACAUGAAAACAGCUUCUAAACUGCAGGAACGAUUUGGAACCGACAUCAAACCGUUUUCCUCCUUCCUCACAGACACAUUUGGGAGAAAACACUCGUAUUUGCGCAUAUCCUUGACUGAGAAAUGCAACCUGCGAUGCCAGUACUGCAUGCCCGAGGAGGGGGUGAAGCUGACCCCCAAAGCCCAGGUUCUGUCCACGGCAGAGGUCCUGACCAUCGCUCGCCUCUUCGUUCACGAGGGUGUGGAUAAGAUCCGGCUCACUGGAGGAGAGCCGCUCAUUCACCCCGACGUGCUCCAUAUCAUAGCUGAACUAAGGAAGCUGCAAGGGCUCCAAACUAUUGCUGUCACCACCAACGGGUUAAACCUGUCCAAGGCCCUGCCCCGGCUGCAGCAGGCCGGACUCACCCACCUCAACAUCAGCCUGGACACACUGGUGCCCGCCAAGUUUGAAUUUAUCGUCAGGCGGAAAGGUUUCCACAAAGUAAUGGAAAGUAUCGAUAAAGCCAUCGAACUGGGCUAUGACCCCGUGAAGGUGAACUGUGUGGUGAUGCGGGGCUUCAAUGAGGAUGAGGUCCUGGACUUUGUUUCCCUCACGGAGAAGAAACCUGUGGAAGUGCGAUUUAUUGAGUACAUGCCGUUUGAUGGUAACAAGUGGAAUUUUAAAAAGAUGGUGAGCUACCAGGAGAUGUUGGACCAGAUCCGUCAGCAUUGGCCAAACAUUGAGCCGCUUCCUGCUGGUCCCACAGACACCUCCAAGACUUAUCAAAUCCCUGGUUUUAGAGGACAGGUGGGCUUCAUCACUUCCAUGUCCGAGCAUUUCUGUGGCACCUGCAACCGCUUACGAAUCACUGCAGAUGGAAACCUGAAGGUGUGUUUGUUCGGCAGCGCGGAGGUGUCUCUGCGGGACGUCCUGCGCUCCGGUGCCUCAGAAGAAGAACUCCUGCAGAUCAUCGGAGCAGCUGUGGGAAAGAAGAAGAAGCAACACGCAGGGAUGUUCAACAUUUCUAAAAUGAAGAACAGGCCCAUGAUCUUCAUCGGUGCUGACCAGAAAGCUCAACCCAAGUCCAGCCGUGUGUUUUCGCUCCAAACAAACAUCCACCGUUGGCCACGUUUCAGCCGAGGCCGUCUCCAAACAGUUGUUCUUCCUCGCUCUCUUCCUCUUCCUCCCAACGCCAAACGACUCCAGAGCAUCCGUCUGUGCCACGGCGACGCCAGCAAAGACCCCCCACAGCUCUCCCACACAGACGCCCAGGGCCGCUCCUCCAUGGUGGACGUCGGCGCCAAACGUCCCUCGUGCAGAACGGCCUCGGCUCAAGCCACCGUCAAACUCGGACACGCCGCGUUUUCACUCCUGCGAGAAAACCAGCUGGCCAAAGGGGACGCUCUCGCCGUUUCGCAGAUAGCCGGGAUUUUGGCUUCAAAACAGACCUCAAACCUGAUCCCACUGUGCCACGCCCUGCCCCUGGACCACGUCAGCGUCACGUUCCAACUGGACCAGGAGCAGGACGCCGUUGUGGUCCGGGCCACCUGCCGCACCACGGGGAGGACCGGCGUGGAGAUGGAGGCUCUGACUGCGGUGACCGUGGCCGCGCUCACCGUCUACGACAUGUGCAAAGCUGUGACCCACGACAUCAUCAUCACAGACAUUAAGUUGAUUAGUAAAACUGGAGGAAAGAGAGAUUUUCAUCGUUCUCAAAACCCAAACCAGGAAGAAUGA